AUGAGCUUCCCAACAACCCGAUAUACGCCACCGGGUCGUGGCAAGGAGUCCGCAUUAAGGGCUGCUGUGCGGGAAGUACUUUGUGAGCCUGACAUUAAAGAGGUGCGCUCGCCGGACGAUGAUCCUUUACAAAGUUUGCAAGGAAGAGAUCUGCUUUGUGCAAACAGUCCUAAGCUUAGCGAGGACGGAGACAAUUCGGAUAAGAUAUUAAUAAAUGCUAGGGCAUGGCUCGAGGGUUUGUACGAACAGGAACAGCAGAAAAUCGACUGGACCCCGGAAUACCGUUCUCGACCAUUCGGCUCCGUAGCUUGUGGAAGUGACCAUCCUAUCAUCUUGGAAAAUGAAAAAUCCAAGGGUGUAGAAGAGAGACUGCCUACACACAUAGGACAACCCGACCUAUGUGUGAAUACGGAGCCCCUAGAGUGGAUACGCCUCGGGCACGGUCCACGCUCCAGCAGUAUAGAAGACCUUAUAGCCCCCCUGCGCCAGGUUCGGCUAGAACAGAGAAAUGCGACUCGAGGUGUUCACCCAGUUAACGAUACUUACGAAGACCUCCUUAAGACACUUCAAGGCUGGAAUAGAAUCGCUACAGAACAACUUGUUAAGCCGAAGAACACCCCAUCUAGUAGUCAAGGCGGCUCGAGCCGAGAGUUGCGGAGGGUCUUGAAAGAGCGUUGGGAAAUGCUUCAGCAACUCGCAAAGAGCGACCAAAACCCUCGGCUUCUUGAUAAGCAUUCCGAGAACCUGCUCAGGGCAAUCCAUGCAUAUCGGUCUGAGACUACGCAUUUUGUGGAUCAAACCCCGUACAAUCUCAUGGCAGUGAUGUUGGCAAACCAGGGGAUAGCGGAUCCCGGCCUUGAUGUUGACGUGAAAGCGCACAUGAUUCAAGUGAUGUUAGGAGAAAUGCACCUAUUUUACAGGCACCAAUACGCUCAAGAGAGAGCGGCCAUGUUAAAUGAGUUUUCUUUUGCCCGAGAGCAGAAAGAUUGGACUAAAGUUGAAAGUUUGCAACAUCAAAAGCUCGAUUUUGACCUCAAGAUAUGGGAUGAUGCCGGACGGAGGGUAUGUUACGAUGUCCAGUCAAUGUGGAAUAAUCUAAGAGCGAAAACGUUGGGCGAAGUCCAGGAUUUGGCAGUAUUGCAAGCCGCACAGAAAUGGACUGUGGCGGAACUACUGUCUUCCCCUACUGGCAUCUUGAGGAAGAAAUGCGGCGAUGAGGAUGCGGCAGUGGAACGGGUAAUCCGACAACAGUUGGAGGCAAUUGAUGCUGAGCUUGGAGUGAUUGAGGGCUCGUUAAGGGCUAUGUUCCAUCUCCAGAAACGAAACGUAUUCAGGGUAAAGAAGAUGUCGGGAUUAGAUGUCGAUGAUCCAGAGCUGAGGAAGAUUGUGAGCGAAAGGCGGCUCAGCCGACCUGAUAUGCCUCAGAUUAUGACAGAGGUCGCGAUGGAAUUGGGCGAUGUAAAGGAGAAAUCUGCAUACAUGUUGCGGAGGUUAGAAAUCCUAGAGUCCUCAUUGCAAACAGCGCAGCAAGCUGCACAAGGUCGGGAGAAGGAUGACCAUGCGGCUUUGGACAUGCUUAAUGGGAAGGUGGAAUAG